AUGCCUCCGAAGAAUGCGCCUGCGAACGGCGUGCGCAGAAAGGGCCCGGCCUUUAACCCGCCGCGGCCUGUGAACGCGACUUCCCAGCCGACCACGGCCACAAAACGCGCCUCAACAGCUGCCCGACGCGCGAAUGGCGCUGCGAAGAAGACCAAUGCGACCGCGUCGAAAAGCGGCUUUCGGCCAGUAGAUGACAUAAUUGACCUAUCAGACGACGACGACGACGUAGCUGCCGAGAAAGACGCAGACGAUUUUGAUAGCGACGACUUGGACUCCAUCAUGGAAGAUGUUGCGCCCACUCAUUCCGCUCCUCCACCAGCCAAUUCUCCGCUCGCAGAACCCGUUGUUCCCCGUCCGCUUCUCGCCCGUCUCCUGCUCGAGAACUUUGACGAUCCAAACAUGCAGAUCCAAACGGGCGCGAUGAAGCUGGUGGGCAAAUACAUCGACAUCUUCGUCACCGAGGCCUUUCUGAGGAGCAAGGACGAGAGGGAGUCUGCGGCCAAAGAAACUGGCAGUGUGGAUAGUUUCUUGCAGGUCGAGGACUUGGAGAAACUGGCACCACAGCUUGUGCUAGACUUUUGA